AUGCGAACGCGGAGGUCUCUGCGAAGCACGCUGACCUGGGCCACGCUUCUUUCUCUCGUGAGCCAGCUAAGGGCUGCUCCAACUGAAGUUCCCUCAGCAGCCUCUUUCUACGUUCCGAACGUGCCAGGCUUGCACCAGGAUACAACGCACCCUUUACACAUAUACGCUGGACACAUUCUUUCCGACCCAGAUGCAGCUUCAGCAGCCAGCACGGACAUUCUCGCGCACUUGUUCUUCGUCAUGGUCAAGGCUCGUAAGUCAGCCGACAAGGAGAGGCUGAUGUUCUGGUUUAAUGGCGGACCGGGAUGCUCCUCGUUUGACGGGCUGAUGAUGGAGGUUGGACCUUGGAGAGUUGAUGGGGAGGGCGGUCUUAAGACUGUAGAAGGAGGCUGGGAGGAGUACACUACUAUGGUAUACGUGGACCAACCUGCUGGAACAGGUCUCUCGUAUACUAGCACGAACCACUACGUGCACGGUCUACAACAGGCGACUGAUCAACUCUUGGAAUUUCUACGCACAUUCUAUAAAGUGUUUCCUGAAUACGAAACUGUAGACACCUAUCUGGGCGGCGAGAGCUAUGCUGGACAAUAUAUUCCUUACUUCGCGGAUGGUAUUCUUUCAUCAGAACUCAGAAUUCCUUUACGGGGAGUUGCAAUCGGUAAUGGAUGGAUAGAUGCUCGUAAUCAAUACCCCGCAUACCUAGACUACGCCGUCACGCAUGGACUUGUCGACGAAAGCUCACAGCACUACAAAGACAGCAAAGAGGCAACUGACAGAUGCAUGUCGGAGUUCAGGAGCAUCACAGGACAUGAACCCAUUCAUGUAGACCGGUGCGAGGACGUGCUUGUCGAUGGACAAGAAAAAUGCGUGAACAUUUAUGAUGUCCGGUUGGAAGAUGAUGAGCCUUUCUGCGGCAUGCAGUGGCCGCCAGACCUGAAGAACAUCAGUUCUUACCUUACCCGUCAAGAUGUCCUCAGGGCACUGCAUGCGGAGGCCAAAUCCGAGAGCUGGGUCGAAUGUCUCGGAAGGGUCGGCAAUGAGUUGCGUGACUAUCUGUCCCCAUCAUCUGUCACGCUACUUCCUGGAGUGCUAGAAAAAAUCCCCGUUUUAUUGUUCGCUGGUGAUCAAGAUUUUAUCUGUAAUUAUAUGGGUAUCGAGAGCACGAUCAAAUCUUUGACGUGGAACGGAGAGAAAGGGCUAGGGAAAGUACAAACAAAAUCAUGGACGGUCAACGACUCUCCAGCAGGAACUUGGGUUUCCUCACGAAAUCUCACGUAUGCCAAGAUCUUUAACGCAUCACACAUGGUACCGUACGACGUUCCCGAUAUUGCGCAUGACAUGAUAUUGCGAUUCAUGGGGAUGGAUUUCUCCGCCAUUGUUGACGGGUCUGCACGCAUACCAAGUACGGUCGGGGACGAUGUCAAGCCGAUAUUUUUGGACAGCGGUGAUCUGCCAUUAUCAUCACCAUUGCCCGGCAAGACGCCUGAGCAGACCAAGGCGCAGUGGGAAGCCUACUAUAAUGCAGGUUCAAUAGUCCUGAUCUUCCUUCUCAUCGCGAUUGCCAUCGGGCUCUGUAUAUGGUGUCGUUUGCGUCGUCGACCUGUGCGGCUGUUGCGGAAUCCUCAGUCAGAAGAGAAUAUUCCCAAGCGCAAGCGAAAACGGAAAGGGAAGGGACGGGCUGUUGAAGAUGAGAGUGGGACACCUAUCUUUGAUGUUGGAGAGGACGAAGAGGAGUAUAUUAGUGAUGAUGGGCGGAAACAAUAG